GCGAUUGUGACGUCAGGGCGUGUUGACGCAGCUCUUGGCCGCGGAGGCGACUGGGCUUCCCUUCACAGUAAUUUUCUUCUAACUCAUGUUUUUUUCUUUCUUUUUUUCUUUCUUUUUUGAAAGAUUUCGAAGCUCAAUGCGAGUGACAGUCCGCGCGGGACAGAGACUCCUUUCAUGUAGUGCAACCCUUCGACGAAUCGACUCCAUGGAGGUCGUGGACAGCCCGCUCAACCUCGCUCAUCAGCAGUGCAGGAAGGCAGACCGAUUGGUAGCUGCUGGAAAGUAUGAAGAGGCCCUCUCCUGCCAUGGAAAAGCAGCAGAUCUUUUGACAGACGCAAUGAAGACAACUGAGUGCCAGCAGGCCCGUCUGUCCAUGGAGCUGCAGAGGGACAGUCACGUCAAACAGCAGCGACUGAUCCAAGAGCGCUGGAAGAGAGAGGCUCGUCGUGAGGCAACAAAGACCCGACCCGGCCCGGUGCCGCCCUCGAGCAGCCCGGCCCUCCUCACCCAAACCCAGGCCGCAGGCCAACUCCAGCCCCACGGCUCCUCGGGCCUCUCUGCCGCAGAGUGUGGAAGAAUUGGGGAGAGAGAGUAUGACACCUUACUCUACCAGCUUCAGACUCGGCAGACUGGGGGCUGCCAGCCUUUGACUUCACCGUGUCCUGGAUCUAAGACCACUAAAGAUGACAAAACUCGCCUGGAAGAACAACACACCACCAUCGAUGACCUGCGUCGCCUGGUCGACCACCUGAUGGACGAAAACCAGCGCCUGGUGGCCGAGAACGAGCGGCUGCGAUCGGAGAACACCCGGCUGUGCUCCGAGGCGGCCGAGGCGGCAGACUUUGUGGAGCGCUCGGAGCUCUGGGUGCUCCCGCAUGCGGGCAGUGCUAUGGGAACAGGGGGCGGGCAGGAGAGGAAAAGCACAGGAAAGGGAAAGGAGAUUGCAAUCCCUCAGCUGCCACCGCUGGAGAUGCCCGCUCAGGAAGACCUGUGUCUGGAUGACCUGCCCCCGCUGGAGCUGCCCGAGGACAUCCAGAAUGAACUGCAGGAGCUACUGGAUAGAGAUAAACUGUGAUGGGACAGAUGUAGCUCUCUCUCUCUCUCUCUCACACACACACACACACACACACAUUUAAGGGUUCAAUCACUAUGGCUUUUGAGUUCAGAUGCUAUGUGUUUGACAUGAGAAGCCCACAGGCGUGUGUGGUCAGAGCCCUAAUCAGGCACAUUUGGACCACUGAUACAAAACAGUCCAAGUCCAAGAUAAGGGAGGAGUUUAACCUGAAACAAUGUCAGUCGGAACAUCGGUGAGGUCGGGGGUCGGCGUGGCCUCCAGUGAGCUCUGUAAAAACUGAAGUUGUCAGGAACAUGUUUUUCAGAUUGCACGUAAAAGAUCAUUCUUGGCUUGAAAAAAAUGGUGACAAGAUGAAUUCAUUAAUUCAACGUCCACACACCAACAGCAGUUAACCACAUCUCGGAGAUGUGGGUCUGUCAUUUGAUGACACCUGAGCAAAGGCCAUGAGAUGUGGUUAAUAAGGUACUUCAUUGGGAAAUGUUUUGAUUUAUUCUACAUAGUGUCUGGGGGAAGAAGCCAUAACAUAAGUGUUCUGAAGCAAAAUGAUGGAGAUUUAGUCAAUACAGUUGUCAAUAGUUGAUUCUUUUAUACAUGUGUGUGUACAUGAGUGAGUGUGAGUGCUCUGUGUGAUUAAAAACCAUAAAGACUACAGAAAGACGAGCACAUGCAGGCAUCAGUGUCGCCGUAUGUUACAAUCAGUAAUGUACUGAGAGAAAUAAAUGGUCACUAGUGGACGAUUUGAUUUAAUAAAUAUUAAAUAAUGAACAACAUCUCCUCUUUAUAUUUCAUCGGUGGAUUGUUGGUCAUUUGUGUUAUAACAAAUGUUGGUGUGAUUUUUUGUUUUUUACUUUUGCAACAGAAGCUGAAAGUUCAGUUUUCUCUUGCCUCUGUACAGGAGAGAGUUAAAGAGAAAACAUCUGUGUGAAGUUUGAAAUUCUAUACAGUGAAAACGUGCCUAUUUUCCUUUGCUAAAUAAUCGUCCGACCAUGACCGGUGUCUAGUUUUGUGUGAACGUUCUUCCAGGAAUCUAGGAGAUGACUGAUGUCAUCUUUGACCUUUGGUUUUCAGAACACUGAAUCAAUAUCUGUGCAGCAGCAGCAGCAGCAGCAGCAGCAGCAGCAGGCCACCGUCUGUGCUCUGGUCGGAACGUGUUCCUACAUGUUAUCCUCAGUUAUCACGGAGAGGCAUCACACUCACUGUAUGUUCCACUAACACACAAACUCCACACUGGCUCAACUGACGGGACGAUCAGUGGGUAAUGGCCAGAUGUUGAAUUCGUGAAUGAACUGCUCCUUUAAAGGGAUCAUCAGAAGUGCUCGGCUCUAACUAGACUUUUAUUUACAGUUGUACUGGUCUAACCCUACUGUGUGUGUGCGUGCGUACACACACACACACACACAGAUCAGGAUUCUGUGCAGUGGAUUCAAUCACAGAAAGCAUAUUGCUGUUGUUGAUGAACUACAUUGCUGCCUUUUUUAUUCUAUCAGACUUCAAUUAAAGGCUUUGAUGAUUA